UUGACGGCCGUUCAUGUCGCAAGGGAUGUCGAGAUCGUCGAUCGCGACGCGUUGAUUCUGGACUUGCGCGAGAACCUCGCUCAUGAAUCAGAUCUGGUCUGGCGCACUGUGAAUGAAACCAAGAUUAUCCCAGUGGAUCCCUCUCAGUCUUUGGACCAGCGCCUCUUUGACGAGUACGAUAUCUGUGUUACUGGUGCCGCCAUGGAGCAGUUCGAAUCUCGUCCAUCUUGGAAUGACUUGGUGCAAAAUACCUGGGUUUAUGCUCGCGUCUCGCCUACGCAGAAAGAAUUCAUUCUUACCAGUCUCAAGACGCUGGGCUACACUACGCUCAUGGCUGGAGAUGGCACCAAUGAUGUCGGUGCACUCAAGCAGGCUCAUAUCGGCGUCGCUCUUCUAGAUGGGACACUCGAGGACCUCCAGAAAAUAGCGGAAUAUCAGAAAGCUGAGCGGAUUAAGAAGGUCUACGAGAGCCAGCUGAAGAUGUCGGCGAGGUUUGGACAGGUGCCACCACCUGUACCUCCUGCUAUUGCGCACCUCUACCCGGAUGUUGUUGAGGCGCAGAAAAAAGCCGCGGAGAAUUUACAAGCCGCACGUAAAAAGAAUCCGAUGGAGAAGGUGGGGUUGUUUUCCUUGUGA